UCCGCCCCGCUCCCUCCGCCCUGCGGGGGCUCCGGCGGCAGCGGAGUGAACGGGACCGGCCCGGCCGCAGAGCGCGGGCGGCGGCUGAGACGCGGGCGCCUGGCAGAGUUGUUGCGGCCCUGCCCGCGGAGACGUGAGGAGGUGGAUGUGGGAAGAGACAUUUGAAGAACUGAAAUGGAGGUCAGAGCUUCGUUACAGAAGGUUACUGGGUCAUCGGAUUCUGUGGCUACACUGAACAGUGAAGAAUUUGUUUUGGUUCCUCAGCAUGCGGAUGAUACUUCUACCAAAGAUGAAGGAAAACCUAAACUGAAGAUAGUUUCUAAUGGUGAUGAACAAUUGGAAAAAGCCAUGGAGGAGAUUUUGAGAGAUUCUGAGAAAGGGCAAAGCAGUCUUCUUGCUGAUCGUCAAAGUUCCAGUGACAAUGCAGACCACUCAUCUGGAGAGGUUUCAGCAAGCCAAACAACUAAGCCAUCUCUUCAGUUAGUUUUGGAUCCCUCAAAUACAGAAAUUUCUACCCCCAGACCAUCUUCUCCAAGUGGAUUACCUGAAGAAGAUAGUGUUUUAUUUAACAAACUGACUUACUUAGGAUGUAUGAAGGUUUCUUCCCCACGUAAUGAGGUGGAGGCUUUACGGGCAAUGGCAACCAUGAAAUCUUCUGGUCAAUACCCCUUUCCUGUUACUCUGUAUGUGCCAAAUGUUCCAGAAGGUUCUGUGAGAAUCAUAAACCAGUCCAGCAACGUCGAGAUAGCUUCUUUUCCAAUCUAUAAGGUGCUAUUCUGUGCACGUGGACAUGAUGGGACAACAGAGAGCAAUUGCUUUGCAUUUACAGAGAGUUCCCAUGGUUCAGAAGAAUUUCAGAUACAUGUUUUCACCUGUGAAAUUAAAGAGGCAGUAAGCAGAAUUUUAUAUAGUUUCUCUACAGCAUUCAAGCGUUCUUCCAGACAAGUGUCUGAUGUUAAAGACUCCGUUAUUCCGACCCCCGACAGUGAUGUGUUUACCUUCAGUGUCUCCUUAGAGGUAAAAGAAGAUGAUGGAAAAGGAAACUUUAGUCCUGUGCCUAAGGAUAGAGAUAAAUUUUAUUUCAAAUUAAAACAAGGAAUAGAGAAGAAGGUUGUGAUUACAGUGCAGCAACUUUCUAACAAAGAAUUAGCUAUUGAAAGAUGUUUUGGAAUGUUAUUAAGCCCAGGUCGAAACGUGAAGAACAGUGACAUGCAUUUACUGGAUAUGGAGUCCAUGGGGAAGAGCGGUGACGGGAGAGCCUAUGUCAUCACUGGCAUGUGGAACCCCAAUGCGCCCAUAUUUCUGGCACUUAAUGAAGAAACCCCAAAAGACAAGCGAGUGUACAUGACCGUGGCGGUGGACAUGGUCGUCACCGAGGUGGUGGAGCCUGUCCGCUUCCUGCUGGAGACGGUCGUUCGGGUGUACCCUGCAAAUGAGCGCUUUUGGUACUUCAGCCGAAAGACUUUCACGGAGACUUUCUUCAUGAGGCUGAAACAGUCUGAGGGGAAAGGCCAUGCCAGCGCUGGAGACGCAAUCUACGAGGUGGUGAGCCUUCAGCGAGAGUCUGAGAAGGAGCAGCCUGUCACUCCUACUAGCGGAGGGGGCCCAGUGUCACCCCAGGAGGAUGAAGCAGAAGAGGAGAGUGAUAACGAACUCUCGAGUGGAACAGGUGAUGUGUCUAAGGAUUGUCCUGAGAAGAUCCUGUAUUCUUGGGGAGAGUUGCUAGGAAGAUGGCACAGUAACCUUGGGGCACGACCGAAAGGGCUGUCGACUCUGGUGAAGAGUGGCGUCCCUGAAGCUCUGAGGGCAGAGGUAUGGCAGCUGUUAGCUGGCUGCCAUGACAACCAGGCCAUGCUGGAUAACUACCGACUGCUCAUCACAAAGGACUCCGCCCAGGAGAGUGUCAUCACCCGAGACAUUCACCGCACCUUCCCGGCGCACGACCACUUCAAGGACACCGGAGGCGACGGCCAGGAGUCGCUCUAUAAGAUCUGCAAGGCCUACUCGGUCUACGACGAGGACAUCGGCUACUGCCAGGGGCAGUCUUUCCUUGCUGCUGUGCUGCUGCUACAUAUGCCAGAAGAACAAGCGUUCUGUGUUUUGGUGAAAAUCAUGUAUGACUAUCACUUGCGAGACCUCUACAAAAACAACUUUGAAGAUCUGCACUGCAAAUUUUAUCAGCUGGAGAGACUACUGCAGGAGCAACUGCCGGACCUGCACAGCCAUUUCUGUGACCUGAACCUGGAGGCACAUAUGUAUGCCUCGCAGUGGUUCCUCACUCUCUUCACCGCCAAGUUCCCGCUCUGCAUGGUCUUCCACAUCCUCGACCUGCUGCUGUGUGAGGGUUUGAACAUAAUCUUUCAUGUGGCCUUGGCUCUUCUAAAGACCUCCAAGGAAGAUCUUCUGCAGGCUGAUUUUGAAGGUGCUUUAAAGUUCUUCAGAGUUCAGCUUCCAAAGAGAUACAGGGCAGAGGAAAAUGCAAGAAGGUUGAUGGAGCAGGCCUGCAACAUUAAGGUGCCGACCAAGAAGCUGAAGAAAUAUGAGAAGGAGUACCAGACGAUGCGCGAGAGCCAGCUGCAGCAGGGGGACCCGAUGGACAGGUACAAGAGGGAGAACCGGCGAUUGCAGGAGGCCAGCAUGAGGUUGGAACAAGAGAACGACGACCUCGCGCACGAACUGGUCACCAGCAAAAUCGCCCUGCGGAAUGACUUGGAUCAGGCAGAAGACAAGGCCGACGUGCUGAAUAAGGAGCUCCUCUUGACCAAGCAGAGGCUGGUGGAGACGGAGGAAGAGAAGAGGAAGCAGGAGGAGGAGACCGCUCAGGUACUCAAAGAGGUCUUCAGGAAACAGCUAGAGAAGGCAGAGUAUGAAAUAAAGAAGACGACAGCUAUCAUUGCCGAGUAUAAACAGAUCUGUUCCCAGUUAAGCACCAGGCUGGAGAAGCAGCAAGCGGCCAGCAAGGAGGAGCUGGAAGUGGUAAAGGGUAAAAUGAUGGCGUGUAAACACUGCAGUGACAUUUUCAGCAAGGAGGGCGCCGUGAAGCCAGCGGCUGGCAGCCGAGCGGACCAGGGAACCGAAUCCGAUGAUGAGAAGGACUCACUGAAGAAGCAGCUGAGGGAGAUGGAGCUGGAAUUGGCACAAACCAAACUGCAGCUGGUGGAGGCCAAGUGUAAAAUCCAGGAACUUGAACAUCAGAGAGGGGCCCUUAUGAAUGAAAUCCAAGCUGCAAAAAACUCUUGGUUUAGCAAAACCCUGAACUCUAUCAAAACGGCCACAGGCACCCAGCCCCCGCCGCCGCCACAGGCCGCCCAGCCCCCCAAGGAGAGCACAUAGUUCCAGCCUCGCCCCGCACAAGAGCACAACGAUCAAAGCGACAGAGGCCCCAGGACUCUCCCAGGCGUCCCUUUUGAAGAAGGAAAGUAAAGGAGGCCAGGAAGCAAGCCCCGCCUCUCCGCGGCCCUCCUCUUUCUUGUAUGACGCUUUCAAAGGGACGUUGUUUAAACUGACUCGAUUUCUGUUGAACACCUGUUCUCCAGCUUCUUGGAAGGCCACGUUCCGAUCCAUCCUAGUAGUACGCAUUAUUUUACAUGCUGAUAUUUAGUUGGAAAUAAGUAAUUCAGAACUAAAUACUUUCUGUUGAGAACUAACUUCAUAAUUGUUUUUACCUUCCAUAAAAAUGGAGAUGUCUUUUAUUCCAAGGUUGAAGUGAUAGGAAGAUAUUUGUCACAGACAAAAAAAAACAAUUGAAACCUGAAACUCCUGCCUUUUCGGGACUGAUUCAGAUGAAGCGCACUGUGGGCGCGUCAGCACCACAGCGGGGUUUCCACCUGACAGGGACUCCCUGGCCUGCGAGGGUCCUGGCCAGAGGGGAGGGCAGGCGGACCUGGAAUUGGCCAGUCCCCAGAGGCAGUUCGAUUGUUUCAGUUUCUGUUGGGGGCAUCGGGAGACAAAGUGCCAAGAACCUGGGAGAAGAUGGGCAGUUGAGGAGAGGAACUGAGAUUUUGAUAAAUGCAGGAAGAACUAAAUCACGUUGGCACUGGGGUUCUAACAGGUCCUUCAAAGAAAUCCGUACGGGAAUGGCAAGUACCUAAGUAGGAACACAGUGGUGAGUUCUGGCAAAGAUAAAAGUUGGAAGUAGAUACUGGGAGUCGCAGCCUUAUGAAACCUUCCGCAGAGAAGCUUAGGUGGACUCAGAUUCAGCCAUUGUGGUCAGAAUAGGAAACAGAGCCAGGGACAGAGUAUGUCAUUUAAUGUUGACAUGUACUUGCUAAGGGAACACUAAUAGAUAUAUCGUAACUUUGUUGAAGUUAUAAAAUGGGAGAUCGAGGCUAGCUUCACAUCAUCUUAAUGUUAGGCAACUUUUCCUGAUUUCUGUAGCCCCCCAAAACAUGCCCUUGGUACCCGUAGAUGUAGAGAUGCAAAUGCAUUUGUAACAUUUCUGAUUGAAUAUGAAACCUUUAUAGAAAUACUUAUCUCAUGGAAAGGUAAAGAGAGCUAUUUACAAGUUGAUGGAAAUAUUUUUUCAAUUAUAUUUAACAUCUAUAUCAAUAGUCCUUGCAGGAAAUCCUUUGGUAAGGGCAAAACGAAUUUUCCCAUUUUUCUAAGCUAUUUUGGAGGCCUUUGAUCUUUUCCACCAACCCAGCUACUGUCAGGUGCAUACGGUCACAUUUACUCACCCUCAUCCUUGGCUUCCUUUAUGAACAUACUUUGCAAAGGAUCUUAAACUCUCUAUUGCCAGAGUGAUUCUCAUCUGUGCCAUAUGAUGCAAUUAAAACUAACACAGUCCUGGGGAGAAAAAUCGAGGAAGAAUGAUCUCAGCUCCAGGAGCACACACUACAAAUUGCUUCCCUUUAAAACGAUCAUUAAACUCUAAGAAGAAAAGUCGCUUCGUUGGUGUUUAUAUCCUCUACAACCUGUAAAACUGAUAGGGUUGUUUGUCAUCCUUCGUUACACUCAUCAAAAAAUAUUGUACUUUCUUACAGAAUUGUUUUUGGUCCUGACGUCUUUCAUCAUUAUAUUCCUUUCCUUGACCAAAAAUGAAAAUAAGCCAGCAUUCAAGUGUCUGUGUUGACGUUAACAUUCCCUACAUGGUGGGUUAGAAAAGCUUAUCUUUUUUGUGUGUGUAAAAUAUAAUGGCUAGAGAGUUGCAUCUUGGUACUUGUUUCUGUAAAUCAUAUAUUAUAAUUUAUUAGCUUUACUGAUACUUUAUUCUUUGAUUCCAAGAAGCCUUGUACAAGUUGCCUUAUCAAAUGGCCAGCUAAAUUAAAGAUUUUUUUGUGUGCGUUUUCUGAAUCUUAUAGUUCUACUGUAUAGAGUUCUUUUUAACUUCCAGAAAUUGGCACAUUCCACAGAAUGCCUAAAUAAUUUUCCUUAAAUAGUAGAGGGAGAAUAGUUUGAUGUCCAGUCCUUACCUGUAAACCUGACUCAACUUCAUAGUCCCGUACAUUUUUUUCUUCAAACAAAAUCACAAGGUACAUACAUUCCAAAUGUUUAAUAAAUCAAUCUUUUGCAUUUCCUUUUAAUUUUUUCAAAAGAUUGUAAGAGUAAUCUAUACAUUUUUUUUUUCCUUUCCGGUUCCAUAUCAUACUUGAGUAUGUUUUCGUUCCAUAGGUCUAAGCUGUUCUUCACUGCAAUGCCUUUGGGUCAGUAGCAAUAGUAAAGAUAAAAAGAAAGAAAAUUCAAAAUAUGACAUAAGAUAAGACUAUUCAUACAAUACGCUAUAAUAGCAUUAUCCCGAACCACAUGCCCUUCACUUUAAUGUUGAAAGCUUAUGCAUCGAGCAGUAAUGGUUUUAAUUUCACUUAUUUUGAAACAUAUUUGAGAAUUGCUACUCUGAUCUUGAUUCCUUUAGAAAGAGAUUAACCAGCCCAAAUAUCCAGGAAAUUUUCAGAUACCUGUUCUAGAGUGUUUUUCAUCUUUUCCUAGAACGCACUGUAUAAAACAUUCCUCCGGAAAUCCAACAUUUCCAACAUUCUGAAAAGAAAUUAUUUCUCUUUUUAUUAAAUCCUGCCAAAUAAAUUAAGAGAAUGAACUUCAAUUUGAUUAUUCAAUCCAUUAGCUUUCAUAUCUUGAAAAUCUUGUUUAACACAUUCUUUCAAACCGAAAGAGACCAAGCUGAAUUUUGGUCUCAUGUGUUUGCUCGCUUCCCACAUCCUGAGCCAUGGAACAAUUUGGUUAUAUUUAGCUACAUAUAAUUUAAUGGAGAGAAACAAACUCCCCGUCACCCAGUGUCCGUAUAUGAGUGCCUAUCAGAACACUAAUCGGUUGACAGGCCUACGGCCUAUGCUCCCAUACAAGCCCAUCUCUGUCUUCCCUUCCCGACUAUUAAGUUGGCAGCUUCUUCCUCAUUGGCUUUCUCAAACUUCCAAAGUGAAGCAGAAGAACAAUCUUUGUACUGAUGUUGGGAUAUUUAAUUGUAUUUAUCUUAGUUCGUGUCUUCAAAAUUUUCAUUCUUUUUUUACUGUGUAUUAUUUAUUUUUCUCAGACCCCUAUUUCGUUUUCUUAAAAUACUUUCCAGUUAAUAACUAGUGGCGUUAUUUCCAAGCUAAUGUGAGAAAAACAAGAUAAUACAUAGUUUAGGGCUCAGGAGAUGAGAAAUGCUUAAAAGGGUUGAUUAGUUACUGCAGAUGAGAAUCACAUGUAUCUGAUAUAAGGGACUGAGUUUUCUUUUUCUUUGGCUGAAAUCAGCCUUCUAACUUCUGCUAAGAUGGUUACCUGAUUUCAGGACCCCAAAAGGAGCUUUUUAAAAGUUCCUUGUUUUACCUCUCUUGGAAAGAGCACUUUUAAUUACUUAGCAAGCUGAUUCUAUUGUGUAACUUUGAAAAACAACACUUAAAAGACCUGAUUCUCUUGCUUCAGUUACAGAUGAAUGAGAGAAUGGACAGACUGUUGUUUGAUGUGAACACUGUUGGCUCUGUGUGUGUGGCAGUCUGCAGAGUGCCCCUGCGUCUUUUGUGUGCCCAGGGACCAGCGCGUCCGAACACACGCACGGCGAUCAGACCCAGGAGGGCCGGCUGCGGUUCGGUGGCCUGGUUCCUGCGAGGGCACCGCCUGGCAAACAGCGCUUGCCCUCUAGUUGCCAUGUUCAUGGCUGCCCUGAACUAGAACUGCUCCAGAACACCCUUCCUCUGUCAUAGUGGCUUCCGUACAAAAAAGGCAAAGCUUUUUACCUUAGCAAUUUCCUUAUUUUGCAAAAGCUACCAAAAUGAAUACUUCAGUGUGGGCUGCACCUCACUAGGAAAUGCUCUCGAGUUGUAACGAGAAAAGCGGGUGUUCACGAGCAGCGCUGUGCCUCCUGUCAGCGGUCAGGCGUUCCCUUCUAGGCUUCCAUGUAAAAGACCACAGGUCCCGCUAACUCCAAGUGAAUGACACCUGCUAUGCAAACAUCUGCAUCCACAUCCCAUUCCCCCCCCUCCCACCCCAGGUUUAUCAUCAGCGGUAUUCUGAAAAAUUUAAGAAAAAAGAAUCAUUGAGUAGAAAAUGAACAUUUUAAGUUACUUUCCUUUUUCAUUGCAGUAAGUUAACAUGUAAAAUGUUUCCCCUUGAAAUGUAACAUACCUAUAUAUUACAUAUGGAAUAAAAUAUAGGAAACUGGAUUAUAAGGAUAUAAAUGCAUCAAGACUCUGGUGUCACGAAAGCACAAGAAUGAAGCUGGAGAUGGUCCCAGAAUCCAAGAUGUCUCAAUAGCCUUUUACAUCAGUUUCUCUAUUUUUGGUAUUUUGCAUAAUAUAUGGAUUCUUAAUUCAAAUGAGGGAAAGAAAGUUUUCUCACUCAGCCCCACUUCCUUUCUUCCAGCUCCUACCUUUCCCUGGCUGAGGAGGUAGUUGACAUUCUCUACCAUUUAUUUUCAUGAAUUGUUUAAUGUCCACGGUUUCACUCAUGAAAACAGGUUCUGGGAUGAAGGAGUUAAUUAGCGCAAACAGUGCUAAUUGACUACAAAAGAAACCUUAUGAGCAGCCUCUCCCCUAUAAACACUGACCGAUUAGAUGUUCUGUAAUUCCAUGUAUUAUGCAUAGUACACGCUAUAAAUGUAAAUGUAACGCUUGUUAAGAGAAGUGCAAUUUAUUGUACAGUGUCCCAACAAAUGUUUACUUUUAUAAUCGUUAUGAACUUGAAUUGGAUUAGUAUUUUGUUCUCGUGUGAAUGAAGCCUUGUGAAAUAAACAAAUGCAACCAAGAAGGUAACAAGGUGACUGUUUUUGUGAGCCAGUGAUGUUUUCGAUGCUUUGUGUUGCCCCUUUUG